GCUGCUAUUGUGGGUCAUUGUGUUCUCGUGCACCGCAGUCUCCUGCUGUGAUCUAUCGAAACCUACUACUGCAAAGGAUUGCCUUAUAAAUAUUAAUUUCCUCAUUCUGUCAUUGCCUGGUAACCUUCCUUGCAUUUCAGUUACGUCAUUUAAUUAAUAUUCAUAAACCACACCCAUUCCACUCUAUGAUUUGCCAGCUGACCCAGCGCCCAUUUACCAGCGCUAAUCAGAUAGUUCUAUUCACCGUACGUCACGAUACGUAAUUAAUAUUCAUAAGUUAAGCAUUUGCCAUAGUAUAAUUGGCUGCUUCGCUCUAAGUUUGGUCGUGAAGGGGUUAACGGGGAGGGCGGAACUCCGCACCGGCCGCAGCAGUAGAUGAUAGCGCGAGGUGUCGCGACGCUACAACGCUCCUCAGAGAUAUCAGAACGACGAGUUUGGAAAUUACAUCAGGAUAUAUAUAACGCUGCGGGAUCGUUUAUUUCGCGCCUGUGCGGAAACGUCACAUCAUCGCUUUACCUCAGCAGAAAUGCGCUCACGUCCAUCUGUAUGAAACGGAGGCGACGCGACGCGAGCUUUGCGCGUCGCACAGAUUGCAAGGCGGACACAAAUGAAUCGAUAUUGUGAGGAUAAUAUUAUACUGUCACGUCUAUACAGACCGGCGUCGUUCAGAGACGCGCGCCGCUGCAGGUGGAUGAUGAUGAUGACGUGAAUUCAGUGUUGCUCUUAUAAUAAUUUAUUGAAAAUAAUAAUUGAUUAGUUAUUUGCCUCACAUACAGUUCAUACAUGACGGGUUCAGUCCGGUCUGGAUCAGUGUUUUGAUCUCGGGUGCGAUGGUCAUAGUUCACGGAUCCGCCCUUGAGGGGUUCGAACCCGCUGCCGUAGGGUGACCCGCGUGACGUCAGGUGUGAGAGACCGUUAGGCCGUGCGGUGCAGACAUGUUGCCCGGGGUGGGUGUGUUCGGUACCAGUCUCACGGCUCGGGUCAUCAUCCCACUGCUGAAGAGUGAAGGGUUCGCGGUGAAAGCGCUGUGGGGUCGAACACAGGAGGAGGCGGAGGAGCUUGCGCGAGAGAUGAACGUGCCCUUCUACACUAACCGGAUCGAUGAUGUGCUGCUGCAUCAGGACGUGGACCUUGUUUGCAUCAACCUGCCUCCGCCGCUCACGAAACAGAUCGCCGUUAAGACACUGGGUAUUGGAAAAAACGUAAUAUGUGACCGGACGGCAACGCCCCUGGACGCCUUCCAAAUGAUGUCAGCGGCGCAGUACUACCCUAAGCUGCUGAGCAUCAUGGGUAACGUUCUACGCUUCCUCCCCGCUUUCGUCCGCAUGAAGGAGUUGUUGGAAGAAGGUUACGUAGGGGAGCUGUUGGUCUGCGAGGCGCAGGUGCACGCCGGCAGUCUCCUCGGCAAGAAGUACAACUGGAGCUGCGACGACCUGAUGGGCGGAGGUGGACUUCACUCGGUGGGCAGCUACAUCAUCGACCUGCUGACGUUUCUGACCGGCCGGCGUGCGGCGAAGGUGCACGGCUUCCUAAAGACCUUCGUCAAGCAGACCGACCACAUCCGAGGCAUCCGACAAAUCACCAGCGACGACUUCUGCACGUUUCAGAUGGUGUUGGACGGAGGCGCUUGCUGCACGGUCACGCUCAACUUUAACGUCCCUGGUGAGUUUCGUCAGGAGGUGGUGGUCGUGGGAACGGCCGGUAGGCUGAGGGUGAGCGGGACGGACUUGUACGGACAAAAGAACGACGGCGAAGGCGGUCAGGAGCUGCUGUUGAAGGAUGACACGUCCAUGGGAAACGCAUCUUUGCCUGACAAGGCGUUCCGGGACAUCCCAUCUCCGUACCUCACCGGCACCAUCUGCAUGGUUCAGGCGGUACGGCAGGCCUUUCAGGACCAAGAGGAUCGUCGCACGUGGGACGGUCGGCCGCUUACGAUGGCCGCCACCUUUGAGGAUUGUCUGUACGCGCUUUGUGUUGUAGACACGAUUAAAAAGUCCAAUCAGUGUGGCGAGUGGCAGAACAUUGUUGUGAUGACAGAAGAACCAGAGAUAAGCCCCGCCUACCUGAUCAGCGAGGCCAUGCGACGCAGCAGGAUGUCACUGUACUGUUAAUGCAUCUCAACGGAUUCACCUACAGUUGGAGAAAAAAGGUUGGGAAAAUGCAAGAAAGCAGGAAAAAUGUUCAAGAGGUAAAAGAAAGUUGGAUUCACAAGUUGGAGAGAUGUCUACUGGGUAUACGACACACUGAACGCAUGCUAACAGUGAAAUAUGCGUUGCAAAGACUUCGGUUUGGGCUUCAUUGCAUCUCCUGUGUUUUUGUAAUAUGUGCGUAUGUGUGUGUGUGUGUAGACCAGUGGUUACAAAAGUCCAUUGUUGGGGCUCUUAGAGACCCACCGGUCAAGUAGUCAAGUAUGCAAUAAAUCUGUCUAGAUAAGCAACACAAGGUCUUUGUUCCUGUGACAUGUCUGUAUUUCUAUCGUAGUGAAACAAACAUUGUAAUCCAGUCGUGCUCUUCAGUAUGGCUUAAGUUUAAUGGUACCAAUUUGUUUGGCAUUGUUCGUCUGAGCUCAGAUCUUGUGUUAGCAUGAGAGUGUUUUACGUAUUCAUGUGAAUAUAAACUCAAGCAGUCAUCCAGUGUUUGGACAUGCAUGAAAUCUGCACUAACACUCUUUAAGAAAAUGCUGUUUUGUGUAGUACGAGGUAGACGAAACGCAAAGCAUAUCGCUUCAGUCUGGUUCAAAGCGUAUAUGUACAGUCUCAGCAUCUGUAUGAGCUGCAAUAAGACAUUUUGGGUCAUUUGAGUGUAAGUGUAUUGUAGUUUUACAGCCAUUCAUUUUCCGCCUGAACGAUUCAGAGUCGUAAACCCGAGCUGUUUUGUUUCAGGACCAAUAUUUCAAUCUGGACAUCCAGGCGACCGAACACAGCAGCAACACUCUUUAGCAUACAGAGACAACAAAACUCUCCGUUACAUCAAAGAUUAAUAAUAAGAAGAACUACAUAUGCCUACAUUUUUUUAAAUGACAUAAAAAUUACAGUAAAACGGUGAAUGACUCGCAUGUAAACGUUUCUCUGACGUAGUUCAUAUAAUCUGCUUUUAACGUUAAAAAAAAGGACGUAGGAAUCAUUUUCUCCUUAAUAAAAAUUGACAAGUGUGUGGUAUCAUAAUUCUACACAAUUACACAGUUAGUUGGAUUUUAUUUCUUCUGUGUGUGAGUCAGUCUGAACUGACCUGAGAUCAGUGUUUGGGUGGCAGACUGGGAGUCGCUGUUUUAAACUGUUUCAGAACGCUGCACUUUCUCGAGGGCUAUUUAAUAUAAAGUUAUUAUUGAAAAUAUAUUUCAGAUGUGUUUAAGGUGCUAGACUGUCAUGAAUGUGUGCUGUCACUCUGAAUAUAUGAUGCCUGUAUCGUGAGUUCAUUCAUAUUGUCACAUUGAUUUGUUUUUAAGCUUUAUAAUGUGCUUUAUUGUCAAUGCAUAAUUUCAUCCCUGAAUCAGUUUUUGUUCUAGAGAGCCACGUACACACUGCAGAUAACACACUGGUUCUGUACACACUGUAUUGUGAAUUCACUCUUGAAAAAUUCAUUAAAUGUUUGUGUACAGAAGCAACACGAACAACUAGUUAAUAAUGCAGUGAUGUCACUUUCAUCCAGAUGUUUGAGAUGAUGCAAUAUCACAGAAACAUUGUGUGAGUUUAGAUCUUUACUGAAAUUUCUCUAACCAAUCUAUACUGUAGUUUACUGUAAUCUAAGGAUGGGACGGUAUAAACAUUUCAUAUCAUGAUUAUAGUGACCAAAGUUAUCACGGUUAUCAAUAUUAUCAUGGUUUUGUUAAAAUGAGAUGGAAAUGUUCAAAAAGAACUGACUCACACUGAAUUUUUUUUUUUUUU